AUGCUGAGACUGCAAAGGGCAGGCACCUGCACACUGAUCAUCGCACCUGCAAACAAGCGGGACUCGGCGGACCUCUUCCCCGCCGCCGCCCCCGCGGCCGCCUUUGCCGCGACGCGACCCCCGCCGCAGGUCACGUGCGGCAGCACGCUCAAGCUCGCGCACGACAGCAGCAAGUUCCGGCUGCACUCCCACCAGGUCUCCUACAGCCGCGGCAGCCAGCAGCAGUCCGUGACGGCCUUCCCAGAGUCCGACGACGCAAACAGCUACUGGAUAGUCCACGGCCCCAGCGACGCGCCCUGCAAGCCGGGCUUUCCUUUGAAGAAGAAGCAGCGAUUGCGGCUGCAGCACUCCGCGACGCGCAAGUGGCUGCACAGCCACCUGUUCCAGUCGCCGCUUUCGGGGAACCAGGAGGUGCGCGCCGCCGGCUCGCAGGCGCGGGCGCGGGUUUCUGCGUUCGGCGGCGACGCGCAGUCUGACGGCGGGGAUGUGUGGACUGUGGACUGGGAGGGCAAGGCCAAGUUUUGGAAGCAGGACGGAAAGGUUACGCUGCAGCACGUGGACACCGGCGGCUACCUCCACUCCCUGCGGCAGGCAGCGUUUGGCCACCCCAUAGCGGGCCAGCACGAGGUCUGCGCGGUCAAGAGCAGGAACCGGGACUCCGAGUGGUUUGCCGCGGAAGGGGUCUACCUGCCGCGCGCGGAUAGGAAGGCAAAGGCGGCAGAGGGGGGUGGUGCGGCGGCGGCGGCGGGGGAGGAGGAGCGGGAGGAGCUGUAG